AUGCCACCUUCCAUGUUUUCAGGUGCCAAAACCAUAAACAAUCUACUCCAAGUAACUCACAAAUAUGGGCCUUGUUCACCACAGAAGAAAGGGACUACAAAAAUUCCUAGCCUUCAUCAAAUUCUCCUUGAUGACCAGAUCCGAGUCAAGUACCUCAAUAAUAAAAUCUCUAACAACCAUGCUACCACAAUCCAAGAUUCUGCAGUAAAGGUUCCUGCUAAUUCCGGUCAAUCCCUAGGAACAGGAAACUACGUAGUAAAUAUUGGAAUUGGAACUCCAAAGCAAGAAUUCACAGUAAUCUUUGACACUGGAAGUGAUCUAACUUGGAUCCAAUGCCAACCAUGUGUUGUCCAAUGUUAUUCUCAGAAAGAUACCAUCUUCAACCCUUCUACUUCCUCUACUUAUUCCAAUAUCUCAUGUGGUUCUAACGCUUGCAAGCAACUGCAAUCAGCCACUGGCAACUCACGACCUUGCGCCACUGCUUGUAUUUACCAGAUUGUAUACGGUGAUGGUUCAUACUCUGUAGGUUACUUUGCACGAGACAAACUAACAUUAUCUCGUUCUGAUGUCUUCCCCAAGUUCAGAUUCGGGUGCGGCGAAAACAAUAACGGCCUGUUUGGCACUGCAGAUGGAUUACUAGGUCUCGGCCGCAAUAAGGUCUCUACUGUUUCACAAACUGCUACAAAAUAUGGAAAGAUUUUCUCGUAUUGUCUUCCAUCAUCAACUAGUUCAACUGGUUAUCUUGCAUUUGGAAAAAAACAUACAGGCACCACUAAGAUACAAUACACUCCAUUACUAAUAGAUUCUAGAGGCCCAUCAUUCUAUUUCUUAAAUAUGACUGGUAUUAGUGUUGGAAGGAAAACAUUGGCAAUCUCAGCAUCAGUUUUUACAACUUCAGGAACCAUUAUAGAUUCUGGAACAGUGAUCACUAGGUUGGCACCAACAGCUUAUUCAGCACUUAAGUCAGCAUUUAGUAAAGCAAUGUCGAAGUAUCCUACUGCAGCACCUUAUUCAAUACUUGACACAUGCUAUAACUUGUCUGGAUACACUAGAGUAACAUUACCAACCAUAGUGUUGCAUUUUGGUGGAGGUGCUGACUUGAAUGUUGAUAGUGCUGGGAUUAUAGUUCAAGCAAGCUCAACUCAAUAUUGCUUGGCUUUUGCUGCAAACAGUGCUGAUACCGAUUUGGGGAUUCUUGGAAACAUGCAACAGCAAACAUUUGAGGUGGUUUAUAAUGUGGCUGGAGGAAAGCUGGGAUUUGGAGCUGGUGCUUGUAGCUAAUGAGAACCA